GUAAACGUCACAAGCACAACUAGUAAACUUUUUUAUUUUCCAAUUGGAUAUUUGUUUUACUAUAAUUUCAUUCAUUGUAAAGUAUUGGAUUUUUCAAGGUUUUCUCUUAAAGCCCAAAACAUAAUUUAAGUGUAUUUAAAGAAUCUCAUUAGAUUUAUUUCGACAAAUAUUAAUUAUUACUAUUAAAGAAAGAAAAAACUAUGCCCGUCCGAAAAUAUCGACAUGAAACAAGAGAAGUAAAUUGUUGCAUGAAAUAUGUAUUGUUUAUUUGCAAUACAUUGUUAUGGAUGACUGGUUUAAUUAUACUAGCGGCUGGCAUUUGGGCAUGGAAUGAAAAAGAUACUUUUAGCAAUUUAAACAAGUUGACCCUGUUGGUGUUAGAUCCGGCCUUCGUACUAAUAUGCAUUGGUAGUUGUGCAUUUUUAAUUGGUUUUACGGGGAGUGUAGGAGCCCUGCGUGAAAAUACCUGUCUAUUAGCAACUUUUAUUUUACUAGUGUGUGUUUUGCUGGUUGUGGAAGUUUGCUUUGGUGUCAUGUAUCUUGUAUUGAAAGACAAAGGCUGGAUAAAAGAUCAAGCUACUGAGGGCUUGCGCGCCUUUAUUAUCCACUAUCGGGAAGAUCCCGAUCAACAGAAUCUUAUUGAUUGGAUACAAGAAGAUUGGCUGCUGUGUGGCAUUGAUGGUCCCAAAGAUUGGGAUAGUAAUAAUUAUUUCAAUUGUUCCUCUUAUGCCAUUGGUAGCCGGGAGGCUUGCGGAGUACCAUUUUCCUGCUGCCGUCGGCAAUCACAUGAACUAAUUAAAAACAAACAAUGUGGUUAUGAUGUACGCAAGGAGGGCUAUCCGGUAGAUAGACAUAUUUAUGAACGUGGUUGUUUGCGAGCUGGCGAAGAAUAUUUGGAGACUCACAUUGUUUCUGUAUGGAUCUAUAUAAUGCUAACAAUAUUCUGGCAGAGUUUUGAAAUAUCGAAAAUUAUUUACGAAAAAGGCUGUGUUCAAGCGGGUGAAGAAUGGAUGGAAAGAAAUCUUAUUAUAAUAUCCACAAGUGCUAUUAUAACAAUUUUCUUUCAGAUAUUAUUCAUAAUUUUUACCCAAAAUCUACGUGCUGAAAUAAAUGCUCAAAAAUCAAAAUGGCACUGACAAUUGCCCACAGCCCCUUAAGAAAGGCUGGUUGCUGUUUAAGCGGCUGGAAAUGGACAUGAAAACAAAAAAAAAAAAAGAAAAAACAACCGAAAAUCAAUCUUAUGAUUAGUCAACUAACAUACCCUGACAUCUUAAAGUCAAGGAAGGUAUUUAUGUACGUCAUGUAUUUGGACAGCUGGAAUGAUGAAUAUAUCGCCUGUUAAAUAUGUAUGUAAGCUAAAUUUUAAAUAUUUAUAUAUAUAUAUAACUAUAUUAUUAAGGGCGGGUUUCUUACUCCUUAGUUAAACUAGGCUUAACUUGCUGUUAGAUUAAACUCGGAACAAAUUUAGGCGGACUUUAACCGAUGAUUGUGUUUUUCAGUUUUAGAUUUAAGCUCAGUUAACUUUGUUAGUAUUGCCAAGUUUUUACUCAAAAACAUAAACAAUGAACAGCUGUUUUUUGCAAACAAUACUUUUGUAAAAUAGAAAAUUUUGGAAAAAUGUUAAAUAAACAUUUAAAACAAUAAUAAAUAAAACAAAACAG